UCCGUCUGCACAUCUCUCUCGAGUCCUUUACAGCUCCAGAGUCCUGUUCUGUUUUAAUUCACCUCUUUGUUAUCUCCAUCCCUUCAGCACAAUGAGCAUGCACUCACUUUACAGCUCCCGCACUGCGCCCGUGUCGUACCGAGCCAGCAGCAUCUACGGAGGAGCAGGAGGUCGUGAUGCCCGGAUCUCCUCAUCCUCGGCCUACAGCAGCCUGCGUUCUGCUCCACUCGGAUCCUCCAUCUCCUCCUCCACCUCCUAUAAGGUGAGUUCAGGCCUCGGUGCUGGAGCAGGAACCGGAUCAAGCUUUGGCUCUGGAUCUGGAAGCUUCAUGGGAAAUGAAAAGGGUCAGAUGCAGAACCUAAACGAUCGUCUGGCCUCGUACCUGGAUACGGUGCGCAGGCUGGAGAAAGAAAACAGCAAACUAGAGCAGAAGAUCAGAGAGGCCAUGGAGAAAGCUGGACCAGAUGCACGUGACUACGGCAAGUACAGCGCCAUCCUGGAUGAUCUGAGAAGAAAGAUAUUUGAUGCCACGAUGGAAAACGGACGCCUGGUCCUGCAGAUCGACAACGCUCGCCUGGCUGCAGAUGACUUCAGAGUCAAGUAUGAGAACGAGCUGUCCAUCAGGCAGUCUGUGGACGCGGAUAUUGCAGGCCUGAGGAAAGUCAUCGAUGACACCAACAUUGGCCGCAUGAACACUGAGAGUGAUCUGGAAGCCUUGAAAGAGGAGCUUCUGUUCCUUAAGAAGAACCAUGAUGAUGAAGUUGGAGAUCUGCGUAAACAAAUUGCACAGUCAGGCGUUCAGGUGGACGUAGAUGCUCCGAAGGGACAGGACCUCUCUCUGGUCAUGGAGGACAUGAGAGCUAACUAUGAGAAAAUGGCAAUGAAGAAUGCUGAGGAACUCAAAAUGUGGCAUGAAAACCAGAUAGCAGAUGUCCAGGCUCAAGUGUCUCAGAACACAGAGGCAUUACAGGGCGCUCAGAUGGAGAUGAAUGACCUGAGAAGACAAAUUCAGACGCUGGAGAUUGAGCUAGCAUCACAGCAAAACCUGAAAGCAUCUCUGCAGGAAACGCUGAGGAACACAGAGCUCCACUCCAACGCUGAGACUGAGAAAUAUAACAGCAUCAUCAUGCAGCUGGAGGCAGAACUGGCACAACUCAGGGCAAAGAUCACGGAGCAGGGGCAGGAAUAUCAGACCCUCCUCAACAUGAAGAUGAAACUUGAGGGAGAGAUCGCCACCUACAAAACCCUGCUGGAUGGAGGAGAUUUAAAACUGCAGGAUGCUCUGGAAUGAAACAGAGGAGAAGAACUGAAGCCAUGGAACCUGUUCAAUUCUGACUUUUAGGCUCAGUCACAUUUUACCUAAAUUGACGUUAAAGAAAACAUUAAAGUUGCAACCUUUUCCAA